AUGAGCGAAUCUAAGCGCGGAAGGAAAUCUAUCAUGGGUCUUCUAGACCUAACAAACAUCAUUGAUUCCUCACCAGAAAGUGCCGACUCGGGUGGAACUCUCAGAAGGUCCUUGAGAUUACGCCGCAAAUCCAUAUCUGCAGCGUCCCAUGGUGAACAAACACACCCAUCUAAAAGAUAUAGUCGAAAGUCAGUGAUUAAUCCGCAAACUCAUGUAAGUGCGUCUGCUACGUUGAGUAAGUCGCCUAUGUUUAUUUUUUUCAUUCCUUCACAGUCCCAGUGGAACAUAGGGCCUCAAGCUUGAGGCUUGAAGUUUCUGUAGCAGCGUUUAUUUUUACAGGAUGGGGUCCCCAGCAGAAUGGCAAGGGUUUAAUACUAAACACAUGUUCA